ACCGGCAACCAUGGAUCUGCUUCCCCUGCAGUUUACCGCGCCUACUGUGAUUCCUUCAACUGACCUCACACGUCCUGUACCGUCUGUCACACUAACAGCGCAUGGCAGUAUCAGCAGAAUAAAGGUAACAGAGGCGCCACUGCAGAAAGAUAUUUGCGACGACCACGUCGAAGUGGAAGUCCAUUACUGUGGCCUGAACUUCACAGACCACUACUUGCGCUUGGGUAUAAUAAGGAACAGACUCUUCCCGGUUAUCAUGGGCAGUGAAUGUUCCGGCAUCGUAACACGCGUGGGCAAAGCAGUCACCGAUCUGCAGGCGGGCCAGAAAGUGCUCUGUCUGCAAAUGCAAGGUGGUCUGUUUAGGCAUGUUGUCCACGUCCAACGCAAGUACUGCUUUCUGCUGCCGGAAGAUAUUGGCCUAAAAGAUGCCGUCAGUCUUGGUCUAAACUUCGUUGUGGCCCACUUCUGCCUGUAUAAAUUCGGGUCCCUUGCGAACGCGGAGAAAGUGUUCAUGCAGUCGGUCGCAGGUGGUGUAGGCACGGCACUCGUCCAGCUUGCUCAGACAGUGGACAAUGUCGAAGUUGUAGGAACAGCUUCUGAAUCAAAGCACGAAAAGCUCCGUUCUCUUGGCGUGAAGCGGGUAUUCCGUCAUGAUGAAAACUAUGAAAAUGAAAUAUUGCAAGACUACCCUGAAGGUGUUGAUAUCGUGGUAAACACCGAUGGUGGAAGCGAUCUUGAGAAGUGCCUAAAAAUUCUACAGCCUGUCGGAAAGGUCGAACAGCACAGCUACAUACUCAAAAUAUACAUCAUGGGGGUUAAUGCGACCUAA